AUGUCGUCGACUGCUCUUCCCAAGCGCGUUGCGCUGCAUCGCAACCCCACCACCGACUCGUCGAUGCCUUCGUCGGUCUCGGCCUCGCCCUUUGACAGCCCGCGUCAAUCGCCCUCGUCGACCUCGCUGUCCUCCAUGGCCUCGGACCAGGAGGUCCGGACCAAAAUGCUGGACACUUACGGCAACGAGUUCAAGAUCCCCGACUUCACCAUCAAGCAGAUUCGCGAUGCCAUUCCCGCUCACUGCUUCCACCGCUCCGCCGUCACCAGUUUGUACUAUGUCUUCCGCGACAUGGCCAUUCUGGCCUCCGUCUUUUACCUCUUCCACAACUAUGUCACCCCGGAGACUGUUCCCUUCAUGCCCGCUCGCGUUGUCCUGUGGACCCUGUAUACCGUUAUCCAGGGUCUCGUCGGCCUUCUCCCCUCCAAGGUCCUGAACGACACUGUCGGCUGGAUCUGCCACUCCCUUCUGCUGGUCCCUUACUUCUCGUGGAAGAUCUCCCACGGCAAGCACCACAAGGCCACCGGUAACCUUGCCCGCGACAUGGUCUUCGUCCCCAAGACCCGCAGCGACUAUGCUUCUCGUGUUGGCAAGACCAUCGCCGAGCUCAGCGAGCUCGUUGAGGAGACCCCCAUUGCCACUGCUACCCACAUGAUCGGCCAGCAGCUGUUCGGCUGGCUGUUGUACCUGGUUAUCAACGUGACUGGCCACAACAACCACGAGAAGCAGCCUGAGGGCCGCGGCAAGGGCAAGAAGAACGGCUGGGGUGGUCGUGUCAACCACUUCGACCCCUCUAGCCCCCUGUACGAGGCCAAGGAUGCCAAGCUGAUUGCCCUGAGUGACAUUGGGCUCCUCCUCACCGGCUCCCUUCUGUACUAUAUCGGCUCCACCUAUGGCUGGCUGAACCUGCUCGUGUGGUACGGUAUCCCGUACCUCUGGGUUAACCACUGGCUCGUUGCCAUUACCUUCCUGCAGCACACCGACCCCACCCUCCCCCACUACGAGCCCGAGGUGUGGAACUUUGCCCGUGGCGCCGCUGCCACCAUCGACCGUGACUUUGGCUUUGUCGGCCGUCACAUCUUCCACGGUAUCAUCGAGACCCACGUCCUGCACCACUAUGUCAGCAACAUCCCCUUCUACAACGCCGACGAGGCCAGCGAGGCCAUCAAGUCCGUCAUGGGUGAGCACUACCGCACCGAGGCCCACACCGGCUGGAUCGGCUUCUUCAAGGCCAUGUGGACCUCUGCCCGCGCUUGCCAGUGGGUCGAGCCCACUGAGGGUGCUAAGGGUGAGAGCAAGGGUGUUCUCUUCUUCCGUAACACCAACGGCAUUGGUGUUCCUCCCACCAAGAUUGCCGCUAAAUAG